UCAAAGAAAAUUAGUUUAUUAAAUUACAUACCUUAAUAUAUCUAGAAGCGUAUUAAAAGUGUGCAAAAUAGAAUUACGGGCUCAAUUGAUAUAGUCAAGAAAAGCUCGUUUGAUUGAAAUGUAGUUUCUUCGUUGACAUCCAGAAGUUCGGUGAUUUUCAACUUAAUCUGAGCAGUGGUGAACAAAUUUCCGUCAAGUAAAUAAACAGUACCCGGCCUAGUUUAAGAACCAGCCAACAUGUCUAUGCGAAGGCCGCGUGUAAAGGUUGCCGCGAAUCUCGCGAUUCGUCGACCUGCCAAAACUCCGACUACCACUUUCGGUGGUGAAACAAAACCAGUGAUCAAAUCGAUCCAUGAAACGCUCAGUAAUGAAAGCGAGAUCCCGGAAGAACAAUUUGCCGAAACUGGGGCAAUUAAACUUUCCUCGCCGACGGAAGUGGAGGUGAAGCGACCAGCCAGCAAGCCGGAACAGAAACCUGCUUCCAUUCCUGUUCUUAGUAUGGAGCAGUCCGCAUUUAAAUUUCCAAAACCUGUUGAUGAACCUCCAGUUGUUACAACGCCAGCUCCUACUCCACAUUCUCCCUUAGAGAUCAACACCGAAGAACCACAUUCGCCUAAAAAGCUGGAUUCAAAGUUUGCUUAUAUAAAUGCACUGAACAGCCCGCGGAAGAGAAUUAGAACAGAAUCCAUGACUUCCAACAAGUCCUAUUCCGACGUAAGUUUGAAAUCUCGUAAAACGAUCAAGCAGGAGGAAUCACAAAAGGCGUCAGAUGCCAAAAGGGACCUCCGGAAGCGGCUGAACAACAUUCAGAAUGUCGAUAAACAAUCCUUGACCAUGUUCGAUAUGAUCUACUACAAUCCUGCCAAGAAUCCAAUGAAAACCCCCGCUCCUAAUAAGAAAGGAUCCGUGGAUAAUAGCGCUCGCACAAUUGAUAGGGAAUCGCGAAGCGUUAGCAAAUCGCGCUCUCCAACACCAGCUCCGUCGAUAAUGCCACCACCUGUGGAACCACCGAGUGCCCCGCCACCGGUUCAGCUGACGCCGCAGAUUAAAUUGGGUCCAAAUGGUGAGAUGAUUCUCGACGAAGCCACCUUGGUGGUGGAGAAUGAGCGCGAAAAGGCCAUGAGGGAUAGUCUGGCCAAGACGGAGAUUGUUUACGUGGACGAAUUCAGUGGAAAUUCCGGCUACUACAGCCGGUACAAACGGACAAGGGAUUGGCCCCCGGAGGGGACAAUUCGCUUUUAUAGAUGCUUGCACACAAUCGGGACCGACUUUUCAAUGAUGAUUCAGCUUUUUCCUAAUCGUACUCGAAGGGAUUUGAAAUUAAAGUUUAAAAAAGAAGUACGUCUCAACUUAAAGUUGAUUAACAAAGCACUACUCUUCCCAAAGGAAUUCAACAUUGAAGAGCUUAGGCAACAAUUCCAGGAAGAGGACGAAGAAAUCGAACGGCAACGUGAACAGGAACGGCAGGUCAAGGCAAAACUUGAAGAAAAGUUAAAACAACAAAAGCUGUCGAAAAAGCUUCAAAUGAAUCAAAGCAAAAAUCGAAACCCUAAAAAGAAAUUAAGCAAAUCAGCUCGGGUCUUGGUAGACAUAGAAGAGAUAGCAAAUGCCGAAGCGCUGAUGGACGAGGCUGUACCCAAACGCAAACGAAACGAUACCCGGAAAGAACAGCGUUCCGUACCAAUAACCGAACCGAAAACACGUUCGAGGAAAAGGACUUCGAAAGCACUUCCUGUAGCUGAAGAGACCGAUGAUGACGAACCAAUCGUUUGUGUCUCCGACGGUGACGAGCCGACUGGCGCAACACCACACGAUAAGGAUCAGGUAUCGCAGGUCGAUAGCGUUCCUUACAUUCCGAACGGGGAUUUCCAACAGGUCGGCACAACCGAAGACGCAGAACCACAGACAUUCACAGAAAGCUCUUCGAACGAGCCCAGUGAGUCACACCUCAACAUCGAAGCUAUGGAGAUUGACAUAGUUGAUGAGCAACCGAAGAGUCUGUACGCAAUAAAAGCCGAGCCAGCUGCUUAUCCUGUCCAAAUCUUUGAAAGCCUCAGCACCGCAAGUCUGGAUUCAUCCAGUAUCGUAACUCUUCAGGACCUGGACAAUAGCGAGACUACGGUCACUUAUCAAAGGUCGAAAACGUCCGGAAGCGACCAAGAUCUGGGUAUCGAUUCAAUCGAAUCCAAGUAUUGCGGUGGAUGUGAGAUCGUUUACCUGAAUAAUUGCACAGCCGCCGUAACAAAUCCGGUUAAGACGGAAUCAACGUACUGUGCAACGCCAUUACAUCCCGAAUCUGUGCAGUCACCUCCUCUUCAGUACGAUCUACACACGAUCCACAGUCCGGAUUUCGAUGUCAGUCGAACAACGGUGAAAUCGGAUAUUCAAGGAAGUACGACAUCGCAAGAAACAUGCUCGGACAUAAACCCAGAUCUAAACAGUCCCGUCGAGACCAAUCCGUCUUCUGAAUCAAUACAAACGAAGCCGGAAGUGGACUUGGUUGAGUCACCAAUGGAGGAUUCUAACGAUUGUCAUGAAUCGGAAUAUUCCGAAGAUCAGAUGGAGAAACCGGUCCAAUAUACAAAAUCAGAAGACCAACUUGAGCCAGAGGAGGAGCCACGCGGGCUGGGACCGCUUGAGGACAUUGACAUCAACUCACUGGUACUGGUGGAGAGUCAAGACACAAACGAACCGACCAGAACCAUCUACGAAAUCUACGUAACCAAUCCAGAGACGGGUAAGUUGAGUGAAAAGCCUUUGGAUGUACCGGACGAUGUUAUCGAAAACAUCCGGUACAUACUUGAAGGCGGUGAGGAGUGAAUCUCCAUUCGGUAAGUUCUUUUGAGUUCAUCGCAUGUUAACUCAGCCGGGGAUAGAGAAAGGGAAGAUCAAUGAUUUUCACAGUAUCUCAAAAUAAUACACGUUGCAGUACUACGUUAGAAAUAAAACUUUAUUUAUCGUCAG